UCAUAAAGUCGCUUAUAUAAGCGGGAGAUCCAAACGUAAACAAAUUCAGACUUGUUCAAAAGAUGUCCAACGAUUGAGCUUACCAUGAAAACACCAGAAAAACAAGAAGUAAUAUCAUCGAGUUUCGACUCCUCAGAUGAAGAAAGUGGCGAGCUAGAUGUAUCUCCAUUUAAGAUAUCGUGGUUGGAUUUGUCUUUCCUGAGCUGCAGUGCAAAGUUUGGUGUGUGUGCCCUUCCAGGAUGUAGAUUUAAAGACACUUGGAGAAGCUUGGAAAAUGACUUAAAGGCCAUCAAACGAGAGGAAGUGACAGAUGUUUUCUGUCUGUGCAGUAAGGGAGAGCUCAAUAAAUAUCGUGUGCCCUGGCUGCUACACGAAAUGUCUGCCACUGAAAUCACAGUUCACCAUCAUGCAUUCCCCGACGGACAGGUCCCCAGCUUCCCCCUCCUCACGAAGAUUGUGGAUGAAAUUCACUCCAACCUUAUGAACAAUAAGACAACACUUAUACAUUGUUAUGGAGGAUUGGGGCGAUCGUGUCUUGUGACAGCCUGUCUGAUGAUGGUGAUGGACCCAGGUAUGGAGCCAGAUGUAGCUAUACAGAAAGUACGGGACCUACGGGGGCAUGCUGCUGUCCAGUCGGUCAAGCAAUACAACUUUCUACAUGACUUCCGGAGUUCUUUAGAAGCGUAUAACAAAGAAACAGAAGAAGGAAAGCGGUCUUUAUCAAGAUAGUGAGACAGACUUUGAUGUAUAGGGAAAAGGAUCUGUGCCUGUUACUGUUUCCAAACCAAUCACUUCAAUGACAAGUCUUGGACCUGUGACUUACUCUACCUUUAUCACCAAAAACAUUGUAUACUAUCUGUUUUAUCAUUUAAACAGACAGGUUUCUUGUAGAAUUAUAGUGUUGCAAUAUCACAAAUCGCAAUCACAGAGGAUAUCCAAUUGGGGAUGAUUUUGAUUUGUGCAAUCAAACCCAGUGAUUUCAUUUUCAGAUAAGUUAUAUAACUCCGGAGUUUCAAUGAUUGCAGGACUUCACAUACAAGUAUACGUAGAGGAUCUUACAUUUGUGUCCAUGUCAUACUGGAUUUAUUAAACAAGUUCAACUAUUUGAUAUGACAUGGCCUAAAUGCUUGUGUCAUAUAAGAUAAUUGAACUGGUUUAAUAAAUUCAAUAUUAUAUGGACACGAACAUAAGAUUCAAAUUAUCACAUAACUUUCGUAAAUUGAAAAAAAACUUCAAACACAAUUAUGUGUUAUCAGCUGACUCAAAACAAAGUACUCCGGUCAUAGUUUUAUUGUUUUUGUGCAAUGCAAAGCAGUUAUUAUUAAUUACACGUGUGUAAUACCAUAUUUAUGUCAUAGUAGCAUUGGUCAGUUAUGUAGGGGGGGGAAUCAUAAUCCUAUUCCUCACAUACCAUUAGAUUAUUUCAAACUGUAAAACUUCCAAAAAAACUUCAUUGAUCUAAACUUUUUUCUUUUUUUUUUGAUCAUUUAACAUCAAAUACUUUGUGUGCUUUUGGAGAAAUAAUUAGAUAUCCAACAAAAAAUGGUAACCAUAAUUUGAAAUUGAAAAAGUCUACAAUAUUCUUGGUAUCGGGAGAAUGCAUUGCUUAGUUUGUAACUGAAUACCGGUAGGUAAGGAAUAUACCGAUUGUCUUCAUAAACUGUUACUGUUGUAAGUGAAGCAUUGAAAGGUGUACAUGUAUACUUGAUAAUGUAGUAGGACAAGGAAAAGUGAUAAAGAUAGUGCCGUCGCUGGGGCUCGAAC